UGCACCUGCUUGGAAGCACCUUGAUGAAUUCCCAGUUUUAUCUGAUGCUAGAGUGAAUAUAAAGCAGGAGAGAACAGGACAUUAGGUGUUUGUCUUCACCAUGAUCUGGAUCAUUAGCUGUUUUGCCUUAGUGGCCUCCACUCUUGGCUGUGGAGUGCCUUCAAUUAAGCCAGUAAUUAGUGGAUACAACAAAAUUGUGAAUGGAGAGAAUGCAGUACCUGGUUCUUGGCCCUGGCAGGUCUCUCUUCAGCAAUCCAAUGGCUUCCAUUUCUGUGGAGGAUCUCUGAUCAACCAGUAUUGGGUUGUGACUGCUGCUCACUGUCGUGUUCAGGCCGGAUAUCAUUAUGUUAUCCUUGGAGAACAUGACCGUGGCUCCACUGCUGAAGCUAUUCAAGUCAAGAGUAUUGUCAAGUCCAUCACCCAUCCUUACUACAACGGACAGAACUUCAACAAUGACAUCACACUGCUGAAAUUGUCCUCUCCAGCCCAGAUUACAUCCCGUGUCUCUCCUGUAUGUCUGGCUUCAUCCUAUGACAGCGUCCCCUCUGGCACCAUUUGUGUCACCACUGGCUGGGGCAAAACUGGAACCACCUCAAGCCCUCGCCUCUUGCAGCAGACCGCCCUGCCCAUGAUGAGUCCUGCUCAGUGCAUGCAGUACUGGGGUCAGAACAGAAUCACUGAUGCCAUGAUCUGUGCUGGAGCCUCUGGUGUCUCCUCUUGCCAGGGUGAUUCUGGUGGUCCUUUGGUAUGUGAGAGUUCAGGUGUUUGGUAUCAGAUGGGCAUUGUGUCUUGGGGCACAACCGACUGCAAUGUUCGCGCUCCAGCUGUUUAUUCCCGUGUCUCUUAUCUACGACAGUGGGUUGAUCAGAUUGUCGCCUCCAACUAGAGCACCAUCCUGAGGAUUUUCUCUCUAAAGUUGUCAAAAGAAGACUGUCCACUUAAAUGUAUCCAAACUGUUCACAGUGGCUGGUCCUUCUAUGUCCUCAGAACAUGAUGCAAAUAAAAGUAAUAAAAGCA